CUGCUGCGCGGCCGGCCCGGGCCGGUAAUGCGGCCUCCAGGAUGCUGUGGUUCCCGGUGAAGAAGAUCCGCAAGCAGUUCAAGCUGCUGCUGCUGCUGGUGCUGCUUACCCUGGCCGUGUGGGUCACCUACCUGCACAUCAGCCUGGUGCGCCAGGGCAAGGCGCUGCGCCUGCACUUCGCCUACGGCAGAGAUGGCGAGCGGCUGGGCGAGGUGACAGAUGCUGGCAGGCGCGGGGCCGGGGCCCGGGCAUCAGCGCAGCAGAGAAAGGCCGAGGACUCCAGCGAGAGCCGGGAGGAUGAGCAGAUGCAGGGCGAAGGGCAGGACUUGGAGGGAUGGCUGUCCAGAGGCCACAGGGCAGAUGGAGCCAGGAAGCCCCCCAGCCUGAACCUGACCAAGCGUGUUCUGCCAUGGAGCGAGCAGAACAAGGGGAAGGCGAACCUGCAUGUUUUCGAGGACUGGUGUGGUGGGGCCGUGAGGCACCUGAGGAAGAACCUGCACUUCCCACUCUUCCCCCACACCCGCACCACGGUGAAGAAGCUGGCUGUGUCGCCCAAGUGGAAGAACUACGGGCUGCGGAUCUUUGGGUACAUCCACCCCUUUAAGGAUGGGGACUUCCAGUUUUCCGUAGCAUCAGAUGACAACUCGGAGUUCUGGCUCAGCUCUGAUGAGAUCCCAGCCAAUGCCCGGCUGGUGGCAUUUGUGGGCAAGCUGGGCUCUGAGUGGACAGCUCCGGGGGAAUUCACCAAGUUCAGCUCUCAAGUCUCCAAACCCAUCCGCCUCAUGUCCUCCAGACGCUAUUACUUCGAGCUCCUCCACAAGCAGGAUGACCGCGGGUCGGACCACGUGGAAGUAGGCUGGCGUGUGUUCCUGCCCAGCCUGAAGUUUGAAGUGAUCGACUCCAACUCCAUCUCUCUCUACACAGACGAGUCCUCUCUGAAGAUGAACCAUGUGGCCCACAUCCCCCAGUCCCUCGCCAGCCAUGCCGGGGGCUACCUGUGGGAGGCACAGAGAGACGAGCAUGGAGCCGACAUGCUCAGACCCGACCCCAGGGACACCUUCUUCCUCACUCCCCAGAUUGAGGCGUCCCGCGUGGAGAACGUGCUGGUGCCCUGUGCCUACAGCCCCACCUACGUGGUGAAGGACUUCCCUAUCGCCCGCUACCAGGGCCUGCAGUUCGUCUACCUCUCAUUUGUGUACCCCAACGACUUCACCCGGCUCACCCACAUGGAGACGGAGAACAAGUGCUUUUACAGAGAGUCCCCCAUCUACCUGGAGAAAUUUGGCUUCUACAAGUACAUGAAGAUGGAUGAGGAAGAGGAGGAUCCUCGCCAGAGAGCUUUUCUCUUCCUGAACUCAGACAAUUUCCUGGAUGAGGAGGAGGAAGGAGCAGAUAGUCCUGAGCCCACGGACCCACCUCCCGCUGGCAAGGAGAAGAGCCCCAGGGCACCGAGCCCACCCCUGGGCACUGGGACCAAAGGGAGGGGCAUCUCUCUAGCAGCAAGGGAUGACGGGGGCAACGUGGACUACCACCUGCCCCGCCACCCACAAAGGACAGUUCAGGAGGAAGGUGAUGCGCCAGGGCAGCCACGAAUCCAGGACCUGCACAAUGGGGCCAGCCCCAGCUCCACGGCCAGCCCCAGGGAUUCCCAGACCUAUGAGAGGACUCCCCCUUUACGAGGACAGGCCGGGGUCCCGGGGCGCUCCCUCAGCUGGGCACGCCAGGAGCCAGACCCGGCCAGCGAGAGAGAGGCAGAUAAGCCGGGGCUGCUGGGGUCCCCGAGGCGGGGCAGUGCCCUAAGCCGUCAGCCCCACUUCUCCAUGCCCAUCUUCGGGGGCAAAGCCAAGCCCCAGGGCCCAAGCAGGCCUGUGGCACCUCUUGAGGACAGGAAGGCCAAGAAGCCCCAGGAAAAGGUGUAUGUGACCCGGCUGCAGCCGAGCAAGCGCAAGGCCCCACCGCAGGAGGCCGCCUUCCCUGGUGUCUUUCUCUACCCUAAGCCGCUGAGCCCCCCACUGCGCUCCAGCCCCUCCGCCAAACUCCGCAACCUCCCUGGCCACCGGGCACCCUGGCUCCUAGGCAACGGCUCCAGGGAGACGGACCCCUCCAAGAGAAAGAGCCCCAGAGCCCGCAGCAGGAAGUGGGCGCAGCUGUACCAGCGUGAGGACCCAGAGGCUGUGGGCGAGUGGAGGGCACAGCCUAGCGUCCAGCUGCCCGCCGCGGAGGGGCUGGUCAGCCAGGAGGCCCGGCCCGCGGCCGCGGCCGCCCUGGAUUACAACUCGGAGGCGGUCCUGUCGGCCGGGGUGCGGGUGACGUCCUUCCUGAGGGUGUCGGAGGUGACGGCGUCGCAGCAGGAGGCCCGGGAGGGCCCGGGCAAGGCCCAGGAGCAGGAGGAGGAGGAGGAGCUGUCGGACUACAGCUAUGAGAACUCGGAGCUGCAGCAGAGCUGGCUGGAGGACUCCAUCAACUGGCAGAGGACGUUCAGCGUCAGCGCGGUGGAUUUUGAGCUGCUGCGCUCCGACUGGAACGACCUGCGCUGCAACGUCUCGGGCAACCUGCAGCUGAGCGAGAGCGAGGUGGUGGACGUGGUGGCCCAGUACAUGGAGAAGCUGAACGAGAAGAAUGGCGGGAUCUACACGCUGCUGCGCAUUGUCAAUGUGGAGAAGCGGCGAGACACGGCUCGGGGGAACCGCUACCUGCUGGAGCUGGAGCUGCUGGAGCGGGGCCAGAGAACGCUGCGGCUCUCUGAGUACGUCUACGUGCUGCUGCACCAGGGCAGGCCGGACGACAGCACCGAGGCCAACCCCGAGGGACCCACGGCCCCCCAGCCCCCCCCCAGCCGCUGGAGCCUGCUCUCCGGGAAGCCUGUCCUGUGCCGGCCGCUGCAGCUCAGCUGGAGGCAGGACGUCAUGGUGCACUUCGUGGUGCCGGUGAAGAACCAGGCGCGCUGGGUGCAGCAGUUCAUCUCCGACAUGGCCGGCCUGUACUGGGACACGAAGGACGCCAACUUCAACGUCAUCCUGGUGGACUUUGAGAGCGAGGACAUGGAUGUGGAGAAGGCGCUGCAGGACGCCCGGCUGCCCCGGUACCAGUACUUGAAGCGUACGGGGAACUUUGAGCGCUCGGCAGGGCUGCAGGCCGGGGUGGACUCCAUCGAGGAUGGGAGCAGCAUCGUGUUCCUGUGCGACCUGCACAUCCACUUCCCCCUCAACAUCCUGGACAGCAUCCGCAAGCACUGUGUGGAGGGCAAGCUGGCCUACGCGCCCAUCGUCAUGCGGCUGGGCUGCGGGAGCUCGCCGCGGGACCCCAACGGCUACUGGGAGGUGAACGGGUUCGGCCUCUUCGGGAUCUACAAGUCGGACUUUGACCGGGUCGGGGGCAUGAACACGGAGGAGUUCCGAGACCGCUGGGGCGGGGAGGACUGGGAGCUACUGGACAGGGUCCUGCAGAGUGGGCUGGAGGUGGAGCGUCUGCGCCUCAGGAACUUUUACCACUACUACCACUCCAAGCGCGGCAUGUGGAACUCCCGCAGCAAGAAGACGCCCAAAGAUUAGGGCCUGGGCCCUGCUGCCGGCCACCCCCAGGGCUCCUCCGCGUGAUGGGGUGGAAGGAGACUGUUCUGCAAAGCCAGCUGCCGCGGCUCUGCCACCUCCAGCAGCCAUGGGAGCGGUCUCUGGGCUGCUCUAGGCACCGCCCUGGAGGGAGAAGCCUCAGAGCCGGGGAUUUCUCCAGAGCUCUCUAAAAAACCUGCCGUUACUUUGGGGGGGGAGGGGUGAUUUUUUUCUUAAAGACUUCUAAUUCCUUAGUGAGAAACCAGAUUAUUAACUCAUUAGCACUGAGGUCAGGGAUCCUGUCAGAGGGAGGGAAGCAACCCCCCCUCCUGCUGCCACCAGCCCUUCAGGGAGCAGGGCAGUAAAACAAGGCUUGGAGCAAAUCCCACGGCCCAUGGGGCUUAGCAGCAUGGCAGCUGGGAUUCCCUCCUGAGCCUGGCUCUCUGAGCCAGCCCUGCAAAGGUGCCCAGGUUCACAGGGCACCCAUCCCCCUGCCACACCCCAUUGUGGGCAGCAGCCCUCUCUAGUGGGGCUGGUAGAGGAAGCUCCCAGUUCGUAACAGAGCCAGGGCCGAAUGCACAGGGACAUGCUCUCCAGGCUGGUCUCCCCAGGGAGACAGGACAGGCCUCCAUGGUAACAAGCUGGAUGAACAUGCUGCGUUGGGGGGCCUGGGGGCAGGCUCAGGCCAGGGGCCUGCCCUGUAGCAUGUGGAAGGGGAGCAAUGAGCAAUGGGGUUAUUACGAGCCCAGUGCAUUGUGGUUUGCUGCCCCGUAACCUUCACAAGCUGGUGCUGAAACUUGAACCCCCCCUCCUCCUGGCUAGACAGAGCUGGAUACUGAAAACCUGGGCAGCACCUGACGCCGCUGGCGAGGUAGGACCAAGGCAGGGCUGGGCAAAACGGCCGAUCCAGGCUCCUGGUGGCUGGUUGCCCAGCAGUUGGGAGCUGUCCCUCCACUGGCUGCAGCCCAGGUCCACUCAAUGGACAUCACCUCAUGAACCUGGCCGGGUGGGGUAUCCUCAGAGGGCCCUAGGGGCCCUGUAGGGGCUGAGCAGUAGUGCCCCUGGCAUAGACUCACUUCUGUCCUCAUCUCUUCCCUUCCAUCCAGCCCUAAGGGCUCCUGUCCCACGGCUCAGCCCUUCUCGAGCACUGCGAGGUGCCGUGGUGCCUGGGGCGAGCCAGAUAGCAGCCCUGGCACCGGGCACCGCUUCCUGGGCCUGGUGUGUGGGGGAUCCUCCCACUCCACAUCCCUGCUG